AUGCUUCAAAUGCGGGAUAGAUAUCUAAUUAGAGAACGAAAACCACUUAUUGGGAACCUACUUCAGAUUCCAAGUCAUCACAGCUGGUUGAAAUUCCGGAAUUGGAGUACGCGCUAUGGUGAUAUCUUCCGACUUAGUAUUGCGGGCCACAACCAUCACCGCGAGCAGUUGCCUAUGGCGGCUCAACUUGUCGGCGGCAACUUGAGAUCAUUGUUUCUACCAUAUGGAGAGACACGGCGAAGUGUACGAAAAUUGAUGCAUGCCUUAACAAACACUACCGUUGCGGUCACAUAUCAACAUUUGCUAGAGCAGGAGAGCCUACGAGCAGUCCGUGAUUUAAUGAGAGUACCGGAGAAAUAUGAGACCUGGUUCGAGAGAUAUUUAGCGGGACUCAUUCUCCGCUUAGCUUAUUCAAAGCAGAUUCAAACGGGUGAAGAGACGUUCGUCAGGAAAAUUCUCGCGGUUGUGUACACUAUAGAAAGAGUUGCCAGUCCUGGGUCAUAUUUGGUGGAUGCGUUACCCUUUCUGCUCUAUCUACCCUCCUUUCUCGCUCCGUUCAAACGGGAAACUGCUAGGCUCUAUAAAGAAGAACUCGAUCUCUUCAGGGAGCCCCUAAAGGAGGGUGUCGCAAAUAGUAGCGCAGAUGCUGCUGAAGAUAAUUUUUGUGGCAAGUGGUACAAAAGUAGGGAAUCCUACAAUAUAAGUGACGAUCACGCGGCUUACGCAAUCGGAACACUUUUCGAGGCCGGAGCGGGCACAACAGCAUCAGCAAUGAUGAGUUUCAUGCUAGCCAUGACUUCGCAUCCUGCAGAGUAUACGAAAUUGCAAGCUGAAGUUGAUGAAGUGGUUGGAAAUGACCGUAUUCCAUCAUUCGAUGAUAUGCCUAGUCUUCGACGAGUGAGAGCGGUUGCAAAGGAGGUUUUCAGAUGGCGACUGGUCACAGCUGGUGGGCUGCCUCAUGCACUUACUCGAGAUGACGUGUACGAAAUGAAGGAUGGCCGCAAGUUAUUCUUUCCGGCUGGCACCAACUUCCAUCCAGUACAAUGGUCUAUUCAUAGGGGAACUAAUCGAUACCCUGAUCCGGACAACUUUCGACUUGAGAGCUGGCUCGAAAAAGGGUGGCCAACAUUCAAAGAGCCUCUAACUCAGUAUCCGAAUCUUCAGAAAUUUAGUGCAUUUGGCUUUGGACGAAGGAUUUGCUCUGGAUUAAACAUUGCCGAACAGUCACUUUACAUCCUUAUUUCAAGAAUCGCUUGGUGCUGUGAUCUGUCAUGUAAGAUGUCCCCUGAGGGCGAGGUUAUAAUGCCGCCUCUGUACGAUUACGUCUCUGGAUUCAAUCUAAGGCACUAUAACAAUAUCGCGGCUCAGCUCCACCACGCCACUGCGUGA